CACAGCCGCCAGGUAGCUCUGCACUUGCACUAGGGACGUGGACCGGCUGAGGAGACGCAGCCGCCGAAAUCAACGGUCUUGCUGCACCGCUCUCACCGCCGCCCUGUCAACAUUUUCUUUCAAAGUCAGGCACCGAGGUAUCUACUACAAGCUCCAGACGUCUGUGACAGCAAUAUGGCAUUCAACGCAAGUGUCGAUUCGGAGUUGAUGCAACACAUGCUGUUCGGAUGGGUGGACCACCUUUCGUUCGUACUGAUGCUCGCCCUUUCCGCAGCCAUCGGUAUUUAUUUUGGCGUGUUUGGUCGUGCCAAGAAUACUGCCCAAGUGGACUACCUGCACGGCGGCAAACGCAUGAGGGUAUUACCCGUCGCAGUGUCACAAGUAUCUAGUCAUAUCUCUGGAAUCACGCUGAUGGGAGUGCCUGCAGAAGUAUACCUAUACGGCAGCGUCUACGGAUGGGUUUGCUUAUCAGUCAUCAUUUUCGCACUCAUCACCAACUACGUGUUCCUUCCUGUUUUCUUCGAUUUGCAGCUCACAUCAACUUAUGAGUACUUGGAGCGCCGCUUCAGCCGUACGAUUCGCUUAUUUGCAUCUGGAUUCUUCACGCUCAACCUGGUGCUUCACAUGCCUUUGUUCGUGUACAUGCCUGCUAUCGCACUAAGCCAAGUGUCUGGGAUCAGUGUACACUGGAUCACUCCUCUGGUAUGCAUCGUCUGCAUUUUCUACACUAUGCUGGGCGGCCUGAAGGCGGUGGUGUGGACGGACUUCCUGCAGAGCGGAGUCACGCUGGCAGCAUUCAUCGCGGUGCUUAUCCUGGGGGUGGUGAGCGCCGGCGGCUUCGCAGAGGUGUGGCGGGCCGCCGAUGAGGGCGGCAGGGUCUCCUUCUUCGUGAUGACCCCGGACCCAUUCGUUCGCAGCUCCUUCUGGGCAGUGGUGAUCGGCGCGACGGCAUCAUUCGUGGGAGGCUGCGCCGUCCACCAGGGCAUGGUGCAGAAGUUCAUGUCGCUGCCGGACCUGGCGGCUUGUCGAAAGGCUCUGGCUGGCUUCACUUUUGGCAUAAUCCUCAUGAAGGUCAUCAGCGUCUUUUCUGGAUUUCUGCUCUACGCCACCUACCGCGACUGUGAUCCUGUCAAAACCCACGAGGUGUCGCGCCCCGACCAACUGCUGCCCUUCUACGUGAUGCGGGUGGCCGGCCACGUCCCAGGACUGCCGGGCCUCUUCGUCGCCGGCAUAUUCGGCGCUGCCCUCAGUUCCAUGUCUGGCACUCUCAACGCUCUUUCUGCUACUAUCUACGAGGACUUCCUGCUGCCACUGAUGCCCAAAAAGAAGACGGAUCUCCUGGUGAAUUUUAUAAUGCAAGGUAUCGUACUGGCUGUGGGCAUCGUCACCGUGGGAAUGGUCUUCAUUGUCGAGCGGCUGGGAACAAUUUUGGAGCUGGGCUACAGCGUGGGAGGCGUGACGAACGGGGCGCUGCUCGGGAUAUUCACACUCGGCAUGCUGGUUCCCUCAGCCAACACCAAGGGAGCCAUCGCGGGCAGCCUCUGCGGCAUGACCGCCGUGGCGAUCCUCAUAACCGGCGCGCAACACGCCACAGCCACCGGAAGAGUCAGGUACCCGCCGCUGCCGACGUCCGUGGAGGGGUGUCCCGGUAGCGUCACAGCCAGCGUGCACACCGCCGCAGCAGCCACCGCGACCAUCACGUCAGCGGACGACGUGCCGCUGGUGUUCCGGCUGUCGUACAUGUACUACACUGUGGUGGGCGCCCUGAUCGUGGUCACCGUCGGCUGGGUCGUGAGCCGCCUGACGGGUCCUCUGAAGCCCGGCGAGAUCGACCCCAGGUUGCUGGCGCCCCAGGUGCGGCCCGCCGACCUCAAAAGAGCAGCCCAGCACGACACAGCUGCCGCUGUGGAGCUGCUGCCACGCGGGACACAGCACAAGCCCGACACCGACACCAACCCCUAGCUAAUGGGUACCAGGGGAAGAACGUCUUCCGCAAACACUACGACAGUGUAUCUGUUUGGUGUGUAAGUUCGUAGCGUUUUUCCAUACGUUUAAUAAACAACAGAUACACAUAACAAAGAUUUAGUCGUGAGUAGUAUAUUGUCCUCCACUAUUUACAACCGUUUUCCAACUAUGGGGUCACUUUUAGAUUCCGCGACUGUAGAAAUCACGUGGUUUUGAGGCGAAGAACUCGUCGAACCACGUUCGGAGCGCAUUUUCACCCACAAAGGAAGUUCCUUGAAGGUUGUUAGAAACAGAGGGGAAAAGAUGAAAGUCUGAGUACGUAAGAACGGUUAUAUAAGGAGAGUGCGGAAUGAUUUCCCAACCAAAGCCGGGUGUAGAGUGUCUUUUGUCAGCCUAUCAGAAUGCGGGCGGGCGUUAUUGCACUGUUCCUGGCCGUUAUUGUAGGAUUGCGUCAGUUAGACGUCUCAGCUGUUGACAAUAAAUCUUCGUUGAUCCACAGAAGUUCAUAAAAUAAAAUAAAUUUCUACACUACAUAUGGCUGAUGGUAAAUUAUUGCAUCAAUAAAGGUCAAUAUGCACAAAUGGCCACUCGCUGAUUUUUGUGAUUUUGGCUUAGAGCCAGCGGUACCUGUACAUUCGAUCUUUGAUCCUUCCCCAGUGCAUGCGAAAGUCUCAAGAUGAUGCAAUGAUCGUAGUUCAUCCUAUGUACGAGUUCUCGAGUACACUGACAUGAAUAAUUGCUGAGUAAUACGUUUAAAUGAUCUUCUUUCUGAAAGUGAAAUGUCACUAAUUUAAAAACGAUAAUUUUUAAAACGAGUAAAUCAUUGUCUAGCUGUGCUCUGAUCCACUGACAUUAUCCCCAAACACGGCGCGAACAUUUCUGGCUGCCUCUGCUGCUGUCACCCCUCUAUUGAACUAUUAUACGUCGGAAAUGAUCCGAUUUCUUUACUUGGUACUUCUCCUUUCUAGCGUCCUCAGCUUCACUCACUAUCUCGAAGUGACAAAUUGACAAUACGUUAACUUGAACAGAAACAGUGAACUACAAUAAGAAAAUGACACUCUGUAAGUAAACCCAUAGCAACACUAAAGCAAAAACCGCUACGAACUUAUGCACCAACGUCAUAUUUUUGCUUCAGAUUGAAGGGUGACAGUGAGCCACUUUAACAUUCCUUUGUUUCUCGCACAAAAAGUUCAUGAGUGACAGACAACAUACUGAAAUGGUGAUUAUGAAACAAAUAAAAAGUAAAAUCUGAAAAAUUUUUCCCAUAUGUUUUUGAAUACAACACAUUACUUAUCAGACACGAUUAUUACAUAAGUCUUAGGGUUCUACAUUUAAAGAUUCCCAUUCACGUUGAUAGGAAACACAAUACGUCCAACAAGUACGCGAAAUGGGUAUCCCACAUUUAAAAUAAUGCUUAAGUUCAGUAUUAAGGCCAAAUCCAAUCAAUCAAAUAAUAAAAAGGCUACCAUGAUUCGACAAGAAAACAUAUUGGUAUCUGACCUUGCGAUCUAUCUGGAAAUCUGAAUCUAUCUAAAUCUGAAUCUAUCUAAAUCUGAAUCUAUCUUAAUCUGAAUCUGAUUAAGUGGCCUCUGUGCGACUGAUAAGGGAACAAAUUUCAUUGUUGAUUUAAAAUAACACAUCUCAAGCAAGGACAGCUGUUCUCUCAUCAAUUAGGAGCGGUGAGAUGCAUGUAGGCGAAAAGGCUGAGGAGCCCUACUCUAAGAACUCGAUGUUUACUAAACACUGUAUUGUCUCCUCGAAGUUUGCAAUCAUUUAACAAGCAAGAUUAACCUUAGCACAACAGUUCCUUACCGUGUUUAAUUUCUUAAUCAAUUCUAUGGACAUUGUUGUAUCACCAAUGGACCGAGCUAGAGGAGAUCGGACAUGGUUGAUCUUGCAAACACAUUAAAAAUUCAAGCACUCAGUACGGCAUUGGAGGGAAAAUACCAAUAAUUCCUACGAACUGAAUUCAGUUGUCCUCAAACCUGGUAUGCGACCAUUCAUUUUCCUCAAGAAAAUCUGUAGAUCACAAUCAGGAAGUGCUAACAGGGCUGGAUAGCAAAGACAGCGAAAAAACCAAAGCACCUUUCAAAACAAAUUAAAAACGACAAAAAAAUCUAUACACACAGAACUUAGCCAUAUAACUCCAAUAGUAACUGAAUUUAGUUACUGAACUUAUUACCUAAACUGUGCAACGAAAACGACUAACUGGGUUCCCUAUAAAAAUGUGUUAUCUUAAGUGCACCCCGAAACAGCACGUGUUACUCAUCACGUCAUGAGAUCCUAGCUUGCUGUUAUGAACUUUUUUCUGAAUAAACCCAGACUUUGUGCUCUGAUGCAUCCUUCCAGAGUGGCGGUGGCCGCCACCAAAUGUCACAAGAAACAACACUGCGGCACCAAACAUUUCGUCCAAUCAGAUGUAAGUUACAAAUGCCAGUGCCCGUUUCAUCUUCACACUAGUUUACUGAACAAAACCUCAGAGGUUGGUGGAUAGCUCCAAAGUCCACACCUUGAUCAAAAUAAUCAAGCAUGGCAUGGUUAGACCACAAGGAAAUACCGGAAAAGCAAUCUUCUAGACUAGAUGAACCGAGUUAAUAAUGACAGAUGAUGCUUUCAUAAAAGGUGCAUGAGACAGAAUCCUUUCAACAUCACCACUGAAGAAAAUACCUGCCGGAACAUCUGUGCUCUCAGAAUUCAUCCUACCCGAUCUGUGGGUAUCCUUUGACAUAUUUAACUGAAUCGUCUUGUCGAGUGAAGAGACCAUCGAUUUCUUGCAGUUCUCCCCUACUCCACGACUAAAAAUGGUAGAAGAUAUUCAUGCUUUCUUUCAGAGACAUAUACCAAAAAAUCAGUUUAUUGGAUAUUAACAGCAUUCAAAAACGAUGUUUGCUACAAGACUCUAUCUGCGGAAAUAAAUAUCACAAAAUGGUACUGACCAAAAUUAAG